CCUUUUGCCUGGACGACUCCUUUGGGCUGGACGAAGAGUCUCCUGGAUGCAAGUCCUCGGCACUGAUCCACGCCACGGAUUUCAGGAUUCUACAAGCAAGAACGGUCUAUCUGUCAGAGCUGGACAGGUGGGAGCCAAGAGAGUGGCUACAAUGACUUCAGCAGUUCUGGUGGACAUCCGAGAUGAAGUCACCUGCCCUAUCUGCUUGGAGCUACUGACAGAACCCCUUAGUAUAGAUUGUGGCCACAGCUUCUGCCAGGACUGCAUCACAGGAAGCAGUGACAAGUCAGUGCCCAACCAAGAAGGGAAGAACCGCUGUCCUGUGUGCCGGACAGCCUACCAGCCCGAGAACCUCCGGCCUAAUCGACACCUGGCCAUCAUAGUGAAGAGGUUCAGAGGGACCGUGUUGGGCCCAGGGAAGCAGAGAGAGGUCAUUCUUUGUGGGCUUCAUGGAGAGAAACUCCAGCUUUUCUGCAAGGAAGAUGGGAAAUUAAUUUGCUGGCUUUGUGAGCGAUCUCAAGAACACCAUGGUCAUCACACAUUCCUCAUGGAGGAGGUGGCCAAGGACUACCAGGAGAUGUUCCAGGAGUCUCUGAAGAAGCUGAGGAAGGAGCAGCAGGAAGCCGAGCGGCUAAAAGCUCUUAUCCAAGAGAAGAGGGAGUCCUGGAAGAAUCAGGUGGAGCCUGAGAGACACCGGAUCCGGACGGAGUUUAAGCACCUGCGGAGCAUCCUGGACCGGGAGGAGCAGAGGGAACUGAGGAAACUGGAAGUAGAAGAGAAGAAGGGUCUGAGCAUCAUAGAGAAAGCGGAGGGGGACCUGAUCCACCAGAGUCAGUCAUUGAAAGAUCUCAUCUCAGACCUGGAGCAUCGGUGCCAGGGGUCCACAGUGGAGCUGCUGCAGGAUGUGAGCGAUGUCACAAAAAGGAGUGAGUUCUGGACCCUGAGGAAGCCUCAAGCUCUCCCCACCAAGCUGAAAAGUUUGUUUCGAGCCCCGGAUCUGAAAAAGAUGCUUCGAGUCUUUCGAGAGUUGACAGACGUCCAAAACUACUGGGCUGUCCAAGCCUUCCUCAGUCCUUAAGAAAGAAGAGCCUCAGAAGUCAGGACAAGAAAAAAUAGGGCAGCAGUAAGUAUAAUGGCUUCAGCAGUUCCGAUGAAUGUAAAAGAGGAGACCAUUUGCCCUAUCUGCCAAGAGCUUUUGAAAGAACCCCUGAGUUUAGGCUGUGGCCACAAUGUAUGCCAAGCCUGCAUCACCAUGAACAAGAAGAAUGCAGUGGUCAACAGCAAAGGGAAAAGCAGCUGUCCUGUGUGUGGUACUAGAUUCUUAUUUAAAAAUCUACAGGUUAAUCGGCAUCUGGCAGAUAUAGUAGCAAGACUUAGGGAAGUCAAGUUGAACCCUGACACUGGGACAAAAAGAGAUCUCUGUAUACAUCACGGAGAGAAACUUCUUCUCUUCUGUAAGGAAGAUAGGAAGGUCAUUUGCCGACUUUGUAUGCAUUCUCGGGAGCAUCUUGAUCACAACACCUUCCUCCGGGAGGAAGCAGUCAAGGAAUAUCAGGAGACUCUCCAGAAAGCUCUCAAGAGGCUGAGGGAGGAGCAGGAGAAGGCAGUGCUGGAAGACACCAGGCAAAAAAAAGGUUUUCUUUAGUGUAAGGGAAGCUGGCAGUGCCAGAUCCAGAAUGAGAGACAAAGGAUACAAACUGGGUUUAAUGAGCUUAGGAGAACCCUGAACGAGGAGGAACAGAGAGAGCUGAAAAGACUGGGGGAGGAGGAGCAGCUGAUAGAGGACAGCCUGGCAGAGGCAGAGGCUGAGCUGGCUCAACAGAGCCAGUUGGUGGAAGAACUUAUCUCAGAUCUGGAGCGUCGGUGCCAGUGGUCUGCCAUAGAGCUGCUGCAGGAUAUGAGCGGUAUCUUGAAAUGGAGUCAGAUCUGGACAUUGAAGAAGCCAAAAGUGGUUUCUAAGAAACUGAAGGUGGUAUUCCAAGCUCCUGAUCUGAGCGACAUGCUCCAAAAGUUUAGAGAGCUAACAGCCGUCCGGGGCUACUGGGUGGACUUCACAUUUAACCCAGAAAACCUCAAUUUGAAUCUGAUUCUUUCAGAAGACCACAGACAAGUGGCAUCUGUGCCCAUUUGGCCAUUUAAGUGUUAUAAUAAUAGUAUCUUGGGCUCCAAAUGUUUCUCCUCAGGAAAACAUUACUGGGAAGUGGAUGUGUCUAAGAAGAGUGCCUGGAUCCUGGGAGUUUACGCUAGAAGACGUACUUUAAAGUUUGAUGUUAGACGAGGCAAAAAUCAGCCAAAUGUUCACCACAGAUACAAACCUCAGAAUGGCUACUGGGUUAUAGGGUUGCAGGGUGGAUCAAAGUAUAGUAUUUUUGAGGAUUCUUCCAACUGUGAUCCUACUGUUCUGACCCCCUUUGUGGCUGUCCCUCUCCAUCGGGUUGGGGUUUUCCUUGACUGUGAAGAAGGCAUGGUGUCCUUCUUCAAUGUCACGAACCAUGGGUCACUGAUUUACACAUUCUCUCAGUGCUGCUUUUCCCAGCCUGCUUAUCCAUACUUCAAUCCUUGGGACUGCCCAGCCCCCAUGACCCUGUGUCUUCAGAACUCCUGAGCUUUCUCAUUCUCAUUCAUUUCUGGUAUUACUUCUUGCCUUGAGGCUCCCCUCCAUCUAGACAUACCUGUGCCAUUCAGACAUCUUUUCCUGUGGCCUCGCUUCUGUACUUAAAAACUUUUGGUCAUGCUUAGAUGUGGUGAAUCUGGAAUCAUUUAGGAGAGAUGCUUAUCCACUCUUGUUCAUAUCCUCAAAGACAGCUAAUCAAGCCGAAAGCCAGCUAGAUCAAUCAGUAUAACACCCAUGCCCUCCACCUUCCGUAUUUCCCUAUGUCUUCAAGAAAUGUGAUGAUAAAGCCAGCAAGCCACUCCCCCUUAUUACUUAAGACAAUCCGUAAGAACUGACCUGCUGGCCAUCACUAAUGAGAAUAUGGUGGUUUGCCCAGAAUACCUCACAUUCCACAGCAAGUCAAGGAAUAGAAAAUAUAAGCAGUAAUGUGUAGCCUAGAGUCGGGGUUAUGUCAGGUAUACAAAUUCAAAUUCUGCCUCUUAGAAACUAAUAAAUUCAUAGGUUUUUAAACUGAAAGUUGAAAUGCAUAUAACUUAAGAUCAUUGUAAAAUACUAAACAUCAGUAAAUAUAAAAUAUUCACUUGAC